AUGACGCCCUCGGGCCACAUGGUCAUGUCCAUGCAAGACAUGGCGAUGAAUUUCUUCAACAGCUACGACACGCCUCUCUUCAGCCUGGACUGGGCCCCCUCUACCGGUGGCGGUUACGCCGGAACCUGCAUCUUCCUCAUCGUCCUCGCCAUCAUCUUCCGCUUCAUCCUCGCUCUCCGGACGAACAUGACUACGGUUGCGGCUGCGGCAGCGAGGAAACGCGAAACCGCCCUGCUCGUGAAGACGGAAGCGGAAACCUUGUCGGAUGGAGACCGCGCGGCGCAUGGAGGACAGCAUGUCGUUCCGAGGGCGAAGGCAAGGUGGACGCUCAACGAUGCGUUGAUCACCGCUUCCAUCGACACGGUACUGGCUGGUGUCGGUUACCUACUGAUGAUUGCGGUCAUGACGAUGAAUGUCGGAUACUUUAUGUCCGUCCUGGGAGGCACUUUCGCUGGCAGCCUGGUCGUGGGCCGCUACACUGGUGGCUCCGGUCACUGA